CCCGGCCCGCCCUGCCCAGCUCGCCCAACGAGUCAGUUCGCUCGUUCCCUCCCCUCCCCGGGCGCGCUCGGGCCGCCGGAGCGCUCCCCGUCCUCGAGCCGCGGAGUCAGAGCCGCCCGCCGCCCGCGGAGGAGGUGGAGGGAGCCGGAGGGGCCCGCCGAGGCGGCGGCGGCGGCAAGAUGGCGGACUUCCUGCCGUCGCGGUCCGUGCUGUCCGUGUGCUUCCCCGGCUGCGUGCUGACGACCGGCGAGGCCGAGCAGCAGCGCAAGUCCAAGGAGAUCGACAAAUGCCUGUCUCGGGAGAAGACCUAUGUGAAGCGGCUCGUGAAGAUCCUGCUGCUGGGCGCGGGCGAGAGCGGCAAGUCCACCUUCCUGAAGCAGAUGCGGAUCAUCCACGGGCAGGACUUCGACCAGCGCGCGCGCGAGGAGUUCCGCCCCACCAUCUACAGCAACGUGAUCAAAGGCAUGAGGGUGCUGGUAGAUGCUCGAGAGAAGCUGCACAUUCCUUGGGGAGAUAAUUCAAACCAACUCAAUGGAGACAAGAUGAUGGCAUUUGACACCCGGGCACCCAUGGCGGCCCAGGGAAUGGUGGAAACAAGGGUGUUUUUACAGUAUCUUCCUGCUAUAAGAGCGUUAUGGGCAGAUAGCGGCAUACAGAAUGCCUAUGACCGGCGUCGAGAAUUUCAACUGUUACAUGAAAAUGCAUGCAUUUGUGAAAUUCACUGGGCUUUUCAGAUUGAGCAUUUCAUGGCAGAGGCAGAGUUCUUAUGUUUUUACAAGAGUUUGCUCUUCAGUCUGAAAUUGGUGACUAAGCAAGGCGAAUCUGUAAAAUAUUUCCUGGAUAACUUGGAUAAACUUGGAGAGCAAGAUUACAUUCCAUCACAGCAAGAUAUUCUGCUUGCCAGAAGACCCACCAAAGGCAUUCAUGAGUAUGACUUCGAAAUUAAAAAUGUUCCUUUCAAAAUGGUUGAUGUAGGGGGUCAAAGGUCAGAAAGGAAACGUUGGUUUGAGUGCUUCGACAGUGUGACAUCAAUACUGUUCCUUGUUUCCUCGAGUGAAUUUGACCAGGUGCUUAUGGAAGACCGACUGACCAAUCGCCUUACAGAAUCUCUGAACAUUUUUGAAACAAUCGUCAAUAACCGGGUUUUCAGCAAUGUCUCCAUAAUUCUUUUCUUAAACAAGACAGACUUGCUUGAGGAGAAAGUGCAAAUUGUGAGCAUCAAAGACUAUUUCUUAGAAUUUGAAGGGGAUCCCCACUGCUUAAGAGACGUCCAAAAAUUCCUGGUGGAAUGUUUCCGUAACAAACGCCGGGACCAGCAGCAGAAGCCCUUAUACCACCACUUCACCACUGCUAUCAACACGGAAAACAUCCGCCUUGUUUUCCGUGAUGUGAAGGAUACAAUUCUUCAUGACAACCUCAAGCAGCUUAUGCUACAGUGAUAUACAGAAGACUUGCUAUUUUAAUAUCUUUUUUGUGUUUUUGAUUGUUUUCUGUUUGUUUUAUUUUGUUUUUUAAAAUAGCUGUUUACAACAGGAAUUAGAAAAAUCUUGAUUCUUUGUUUAACUUUUUGGAAAUCGUAGUCCCUCUUCUGUGGACUUUGGUUUGUGGCUGAGAGCUGCUGAAUAACGCAUCGCCAGUAUCUGCUGAAGUUUUAGGCUUGGAUCUGUCUCAGUACGGCUUCCACUUGAGUCGAGUUGUAAUUUCCUGGCAGACCUCAGACUAUAGGUGUAUUUCAGGCUUUCCAUUCUUCCGCUUUCCAAACUGACUUCUCCUGUAGUGCCAAGUAUAGAAGGUGUCCUUAAAUAUUUGCAGGUAUGAGGUUAAGAACAAGCAGAGUAAGUAAACUGUCUUUUGUCUGCCUUACACAUAGCAGUCACACGUGUUGCCUAUCUUUAUGGUGACCUCCUGUUUUGAAAGGGCUAUUGAAAGAAGUUUGAUCUAAGGACUGUCGUUCUGUAGGUUUACACAGAUUUAGCCUUCAUCUUUUUUUAAUUGCUUGUACACCCAGUGGUUAUUUUGUUUCUGAAAUUUCUGUGGUUUCUGAAGGUGAUGUUCAUAGUGUUUUAAAGUUUACAUACGGAUUUCUGGUCUGAUGCUAAGUGAGUUCACAGAUGGUACGGGGCAGCAAAAGGCAAGCAAAGCUAUAUAGUGUUUUGAUCAAAAGUAAAGAGGGAAAUGUAAUUUGCCUUUUGUCUAUUUAAUUAUCCUGUCGUUAAUGUGCCAUAUGUGAAACAUUCCGGCCCUAGCAGCAACUGAACACUGCAAGCAACUCGGUAGCAGAACUUUCUGAAUAAACAUACCCCUUCCUAGACUAUCUGUUCUGUAAGCCUUCACCUGAAGUACAAUAAAAUAUUUAAAAAAACAAAACAAAACAAAAACAUACCCCUUCCAGAGUAUCGUGUGUCUUACCGUCAAACGUUUAAAUCCUGUCUCAGAUAUUUGGGUCUUUACUGUAGGAAAUCAUGUCACCAUCACAAACGUCUCUCUCUUGCUCUCCUGUCCAUUCCUGUCAACUCCAGACUGACAUUUAUGGGAUUUUUUUCCCCCUCCUUUAUUUGGAGCUUGGCAGGGGCAGUAUUUUCCUGUCGAAUGUUCCAGAAGGCAUCAUUGUCAUUCUUGGUGUCUCUAAAAGAUACAGUACAUGCAUGUUUGUAUAGUUAUUGUUCAUGAAAUGCCAGGUUUCUUGAGGUACAUUUUAAAUGUUUUAAGGAUGCUUCUAAGGAUAGGUAGUAAUUUUUUAGUUCACACCUAAAGGUGAUUACAUUUGGCCACCCCUCACUGCUUACCAAGUUGGAACGUACCCAUGAAGUAACUUCAUGAUUACAGAUACAUUUAUGGUGAACUCAUCAGAAUGGCUGGUUUGCAGUUGUAAAAAUACUAUCUUGUAGGUUGUAUGUAGUGUUAGAAUUGGGUUUAGAGAAACAGAUGUUCAAGGCUGGUGACAGUUUGAAGAGUGUGACAGCUUUUCUCCUUUUCCUGAAAAUUGUGAUUAAGACUGUGAUAUCUGCCACUUUACUGUAUAGCUGACUGUUCUCAGGUAUUUUAUUGGUUAGAAAGUCCUUGAAAGAUUGGUUAACAUUAUGGAUCACCCAGCCUUUCCAAGACAAGUUGUGUUUGGACUGUUCUACUGCUGGGUAUAUGGCUAGGGCUUUUCAGUGAGCUAACCAGGGGUUGUUCCUAACAUACCUUCUUUUCUUGCGUUUUAAGUUCCAUCAUCAUCACAUACAUAGGAACGUCCAGUGUUUUAUGCAUCGGUAAUACAUGAGCUCCGAACAUGUAGCCCACAUCAUAAUGCAAGUGUGAAUAGUAUAGUUGAUGCAUGUUUGAAUAAUCAAGUGCUUCUUGCCAAAAAGAAUACACUGUUGAAAUUCUUAGGUUUAGCAUCAUUUCUGUGCUAAUGAAUAUCACUGAAUAUGUACACAGUAACAUUGGACUUUUCAGUGAAGAGUCUACAUGUAAAUUUAGCCAGUAGUUUUAUCAAAUUUUCAAACAUUAUUUAACUCCAGUGAAGGCUAAAGUAAAUUCCCUAUAUAAAAAAGAAACUCAGUCUUAUUUAAAUUAUAUUUAAUAUCUGUAGCAUGAACCGUACAUACUGCCGGACAAAGCGGAAAUCACCAAGUUUCUCAUUUUGACUCCCACUAAGAAAUGUUAAACCAAAUACAUGUGGUAUUAUUUUUGGACUUUGUGUUUCUCUUCCUUGAUGUGUGUGAUGUCCGAGUCAAUAUUCUUUUAAAAUAAAAUCUGGAAAAUAUUUUGAGGCAGUAAAUUACAUAUAUUUACUGCCGGAUGUGUUUAGAUAUCCAGUAGAAUGGUAAGGUUCAGUAUAAAGGCUUUAGACCACAUUUUUAUAUACUGUAUUUUUAAAACAUUUGAAGGCGUCUUAUACCUAUAGCAUGAAAAUCAGAUCUGUCUGAAAUACCACAGAAUAAGGAGGGAGAUGAAAUUUAGGAACAGAAUUGAAAGGGUGCUUACAAUUUUCACUAUGCCAGUCCCCCCGCCCCCAUCUGUAAAAAAGUAAUUUAAAUGUAGUAGUCUUUUGGUAUGUUCAGUUUUCUAAAUUUUCAUGGUUAUGUUUUAGAAUAAAAUGUGCCUAAUUCUAUACUACAUUCUGUUCUUAAGCCUGAAUGCCUUCUCUCUUAAUUCUCAAGAAAUAUCACUUAAGUGUCUUCAUUGACCUUGAAAAAAUUUAUACCAGACAGAGUUGCCUUAUAAAUCAAAGAACAACACAAAUUUAGGCCUUGAUUUUUUAGGGGAAAGGGUUUUGUCGAAUGUUUUCUGAAGAUCUAAGUAAUUCAAGGUAUGUCUUUGACACUUAAGCAUUAAUUUUUAGUAACUCUAGAACUGUUGCUCUCUACCAAGUAUUUUAUUAAAUUUAAAUCUUCAUUUCCGUUUUAUUGUCUGGAAAGGACACUUGAGAGCUAGAGAGUAACUGCAGCCAAAGAAGGCAAAGUGGAGUGAAAAAGAUCCUUAUUUUUGGUUUUCUUUUAAGAAGUUACAUUGGCAUGUACCUUACAUAGAGAAGGACUUCUGGUUCACCUUUGAAAUCCUGUUCAGUUCGGUGGCUGUGGAUGGUUUAAAGUAGAAGCUUUAAAGUUACCUUAAUCCAGAAAUGAGUAUAAGUAUUGAUUUAGAUUCAGUCAAAAUCCUAUGCCCUAUAGUUUUUUGUAAGCAAGAAUGGAUAAACCUUAACUUCCAAUGUAUACCCAAAUAUUUGUAUUUAUGCUUUUGAUAAAAUGUAUUUUCAGCGUUAAUACACAUAUCUGGUUAUGCCUUAUUUAUAUGAAGAAUAAAGUUACCAAGAUACGCUCUAUUAUUAUGUCCAAACAGUCACAUCACAUUUAAGAAGCCCUCAAAUUGGUGUUUUCGUUAUAUAAUGAUACAUUUGAAGCAAAAUUCUCUCCAUUGCAAUUUGUACUAAUGUUAUUUCUGUAUAUGUGAGUAACGAGAAGGCUAAAUACCAGUGUUAACUCUUAAUUUCUUGUUUGAAUCCAUGAAGUCAUGUCUAUAAAGCCAAUGAGACAUUUGUAACAAACCCCCUAAUAAAUCUAGAGAAAGGCACUCUGUUACUUUUUCAUUUAUUAGAGUUUUAUCUGAGGAAUCACUGACAGAAAUUUUGCACGUCUUUUUCAGUUGGAAAUCUGGCUUAAAACUGGGUCACUUUGCCUCUCUUUCCUGUCAUUUCAAGAGGUUAGACUAAUCCCAUUUGCUACAGAUGAUCCACCCAUGUUUUGUACUGCUUUACUAGAAGUACUGAUUUUUUUUUAAUGAUAGAAUACAGGUUGGCUUCCCAAUCUAGUAACCAUGAGGAAGAGAGAGAUUGUGAGUGGGUGUGUAUAUGUCUUCACGUCCUGAAUAAAGCAAAUGAUACAGUACAUACCCAUUAUUUAAUGGUACGAGGUUAGGGCUUAAUAAAUUUAUACUAGAGAUUAAAGGAUAAAUCUAAACCUGAACAUUUUAAGCAAGUUGGACUUGAGGACUUUUUCACGUACCAUCAAGUAGAUAGUAGCCGUAGGGUGGUGAAUGUUCGCAUCACUUGAAGUUCAGUGUUUGUACCACUAGUAUUCUCAUGUCUCCUUGGAUGUGUAGUUAGCAUUUAAAUAAAUGUGUUUACCUUGUGGCAUUCAAGCCUAGCCGUCUUGGUUCUGAUACCAGAGCUUAUGUGGAACAUGGAUUGUUUUUAAAGCAUUAAUGAUAGGGCAGUAUUUUCUGGGUUAAUAGGGGUUUUGUAACCCAUCCAAAUCCGCUGUUGAUAACAAUGGAAAUUUCCAGACGGACUGAAGCACGCUAGGGCCCACUGUGCAUAAAUUUUCAGUCAGCGUAGUGAGUGUCACAAUAGCAAUGUGCUGCUUACGUGGAAUGUGAUUUUGGUUUGUAUUUAGAAAGCUUGUUUAUAAUGUUUCUUGCCAUAGUAAGUGAUGAAUUUGUCCUCAAUCAUGUCUAUUUGAUGGUACCAAGAAAAAAAGGGGUGGGGGCAAGUAGGGAUUAAUUCUUGGAAAAUAUAUGUAACAAUGCAACAAACUAUGCCAUUUACCUUUUCUUCACCUCUGACUUGAAGCAGAAUCACAGUAUGUUUUUAAUGGCUUUUCUAUACUGCUGUACUGUGGUGAGAGCUCAUUUACCCCAAGAAUCCUCAUCAAAAAGUGUAUUUUCUAACAACCUCAUACUGUACCUAACAUAACAUGAUUUGUAUUAGCUCUGUUUAAAAGUAUUGUGGCUUAGGUUUUUUUUUUUAUACAUGUCUUUUUAUAACUUUCCAGGAACUAAGCACAUUAUCUGAUCCUGUAAAUUUCUUUUCUGUCAGUGCUUCAGUUCAGGAUCGGCAAUAAAUUAUUUCUAAAGGAGGUCUAAAAGUGGAAAGAACGGUUUGAUUUUAUAAAACGAGUUGCUUGUUCAUUAAGCCUUUUUACUCUUGUACAUAGUUCGCGAACAUUUUGCCUCUUGCUAUUAAUAUUUGCUUUGUAAAAAAUUAUUGACGUUUAAUAAACAUUUAUAAACUGUUCAAUCCUAUGACAUUAUUUAAACUCACAGUUUGAUAAAUAUAAAGUGUAAAGCCGAUGGUUUAAAAGUUUGAAAGGAAAAAUCUCAUCUAGUGACUUAAGGCACAGAAAUCUCUAUUCUGACAGACCUCCGACAAUACUUCACCUUACUAUUAGCCUAUAAACUUCCCCUUAGUAAAGAUGGAGAUGUGGACUUCUUCCAAGAAAGUUCAUAGACACUUCAUAUGUUUUGACGUGAGAAUAGGGAAAGGGGAACCGUUUCUCUUUCUGUCUGCUCCUCUUAAAAUAGCUGAAACCAUUAGGAUGUAUCUGGGCUCCUGUUUCCUGGCAGAAGUAAUGCUAUUUUGUCUAUUGUAAUUGAAAUCGUGUUCACAAAACAAACCAUGUUACCACUCAUCUAUACACUUUUUAUUUUAAAAUAUUAUUUACA